CCAUGGCCACCCUGCUGCCAUGCCGCACGUCCGCUGCCCUCGCCCAUUCCCCAAUUUCCCAGCCCCAGCCCCCACCUCUCAAGAUCUUCAGCAUCCGCCUCCCCGACUCAUCAGCAGCAAUCGGCAUCUCAGAGUGUCCAGGAAAACGCGACCGUGACCUCACUGCGGACCUCGACGCCAUCGCUGCUUCAGGCGCCUCUCUGGUGCUCACCCUUAUCGAGAAAUCAGAGAUGGAGAGGCUGGGCGUGGCGGGCAUCGGCGAGGCCGUCUUCGAGAGAGGCAUGCGAUGGCGGCAUCUGCCCAUCCGCGACUUCAACGCCCCCGGGUCGCUCUUCGAGACGGCCUGGGUCAACGGGGGAGGGCACGAGGCACGCGCCGUUCUCAGAAAAGGCGGCCGUGUGCACGUCCAUUGCCGCGGCGGCAUCGGCCGGGCGGGGACCAUAUCGGCAAGGCUGCUGGUGGAGCUGGGCAUCUUCACACCAGAAGACGCGAUCGACAUGGUGAGGAGCGCGCGGCCGGGAGCGAUCGAGACGCUUGACCAGGAGAGGCACGUGCGGCAGUGUCGGGCGGUGGUGGACGAGCGGCACCAUGACAGGGGCGCAAUGAGGGAGAGGGACAACUAGCUCACAGAGAGACAGACAGACAGACAGACAGAGAGAGGCGGGAUGUACGAUAGAUGGACGGACAGAUGGGCUGGUUAGGUUAGCGCUUAUCUCUGUGGGCCGAGCUGCCAUUUUGAGAGAGGUGGGCUGCAGGCUCAGUUUUGCCCUUGUGCGUGCAUUGACGACUCCGUGUACAGGUGUGUGUGUGUGUGUGUGUGUGGACAUAUCCGACCCGUUUUUGACGUUUUGCUCAAGUAGGUGAGUAACUAUGCCUGUCUGUCUGUCUGUCUGCCCGUGUGUGGGGUCUCUCUCUCUCUCUCUCUCUGUGUGUGUGUGUGUGUGUGUGAGUACGGACGGCUUGAUGAGU